AUGGGGGUCUGGAGUCUCUGCGGCUACAUGGAGCUGAAGAUGGUAGCCGAGGUGGAUCCCCAGUGGACCCAGCAGUACCCCGGGCUGCCCCCCGCCUACGGGAGCGAGCGGCUGCAGACUUCCAACUACUCCGUGGUGCUCUUCAUCCAGAUGAGCCUCCUCUGCUUCGACCUGUUCGUCAACUCCUGCAGCGAGCUGAUCCGAGACGAGCCAGCCAACCAGCUCAUGCUCUUUGUAAUGCAGGACGUCUCCAUCCUGCUGAACCUGAUCAUCAUCCUGCUCAUGCUGUUCAACACCUACGUCUUCCAGGUGGGACUGGUGUCGGUGCUGGUGUCCCGGUUCCAGCCGCUGCUCCUGUCCUCCGGCCUGUACCUGAGCUUCAGUAUCACGCUGCACUGCUGGCUCAUGAAUCUGCGCUGGUUUAACACAAACAAGUACGUUUGGACGGACGGACUGCAGGUUCUGUUCAUGCUGCACAGGACGGCCUCUGUUCUCUACUAUUACUUCUACAAGCGCACGGCGGAGUGUCUGGGCGACCCGCGGCUGUACGAGGACUCGCCCUGGCUCCAGGAGAUCUUCUCCCAGGUGCGACAGCAGGGCCCCGCUUGGCAACACUAA